AAUGUGGAACUCGUAUGGCAUUAAUUUCUGGUCAACCCUUUAAAACCAGACUGGUCAACAACGAAAUAAAUGAAAAAUGAAAUCAAGGGCAUCUUUGGUGGUGAACCAAACAGGGAAGAAGGCGCCUCCAGAAAGGAGACGAAGAAGAAGAAAGAAGAAGGAAGAAGAAAGAGGAAGAGGAAGAGAGGAAUAUUUAGAAGAGUUAAAGUCCGGCGAUCGGCAGUCGAGUUCUGAUAAUCGGACGGUUAUCUCUUUCGUGGAAUAAUCGCGUUCUGGUGUUGAUCGAUAACUUUAUUUGGAAGAAGAAGAAGAAGAAUCAGAAUCACGGCGAGGACUUGAGGAAUUAUUGCGAGGAUUUGUGUUAAAUCGUUUCAAGUUUCGACAGUCUUCAAAUUCCGAGGCGGAUUCUUUUGAGUUGAAACAUCAGGUAUUGAAAAACCCUAGAUUUUGAUUUCUACUACGCUUUCUUUGUGGUUGUUUUUCCUUCCUCCAAAAACCAGUGGAGCCGUGCAAUUCGUGUUUCUGUCAGAUCUUAGAGAAUCUCUCAAUCGGAGGUUAUGGUGUUGGGAGAGCUUACUCAAGCAAUCGUUUAAGUUCAACGAGAAGCGAUCUUGUCGUUGGAUUCUUCUAGAUCAACCAUAGAUUUAGGGAGACAUCUGAAUCAAUUGAUUUCUUCAUCGCUGCUGGAGAUCUUUUAAAUGCUUGAAUCUCUUCUGAAAAAGCUGCAGGAGCUUUUGAUUGUGAUUUUUUAUGCAUAAAAUAGGAGUACACCGUUGCUACAGGAAAUUUUUCAUAGGCUAUUUGUGAUUUUAGUGUGAAUCGUUGCAAUCUACUAAGCUGCUUGGCAAACCAAGACUGUUAUGUUGCUGUCUUGCUGCUUCUUCCUGGGGAAAAACUAACUAGAUAGAAAUUUUUAGGGUAUUAUACUUUAAUUUGCAGGAGCUAUGAUGAUUGCUUGCACUGCUCGCGAUUUGUGUUGUGAAUUUGGUAUUUCGUGUUUAUAUCAUUGGAUCUAUGAGUUAGGGACUAUUUUUCAUAAUUUGAAGUCCACCAUGUGUUUGCUUAUUGUGGUCAUGGCUUGUGAAAUCCAAAACUCCAUAUAUGCUGAAAAAAGGCAAGGAAAUAUGAAGUUGUUGGCCCUUUAAAAAAGAAUAGGAGAUUCAUGUUUCUGAUUUUUGGAAGCUCUUUGGGCCAGCUGGGUCAAGAAGCAAGUCAGAUGCCAAAUAUU